GGUAUGGAGCGGGCGGGUCGUCGAGCCAAGGCGGGCUCGCUGAGCGGGUUAUCGGGCGGGGCGGCGGGCGCCACGCCAGCCGUGCGGCGCCAGCGCUCGCUUGAGUGGGCCGGCGACCGCUACAGCAGCAGUGACGAAGACCGCCCGCAAAAGACACAGCUUGACGACAGAGUCUUUGCCUCGCUACUGGCUCAUGCUACGCAACAGUUUGAUAAUGAACAACGUCGCAUAUAUGGGUCCGAGAACGGGGAGGGCCCUCCGCGGUAUAUCAGUAGUCCGCAACGACAAGCUUCGCCCUUCCCUUUAGAAAGUACAAAUCGACGUUUUUAUAGAAGAAACCGAAACUCAAAUGGCCCUUCAAGUGGCGCUCAAAGCGAGCGCGAAUGCGAGUCCCCUCCGGAGCCCGCGCCGCCGGAGGUGCCUCCACGAGGGCCCUCUUUGCACGUCACGCUCCGACAUCGUCCGGCCCCUGACCAGCCCGCGGACUCUGACCGCCUCUUCCUGUCUGAAGAAUUCGUGAUGUCAGAAGGUGGGCACGGUGGGUCUGGUACAUAUCCAGCUCGAUCACCAAUUUCCAGCUCCACCACAGGGCACUCGAGCUCCAGCCAUCACAGGAUGGGCGGCACGGGCAUGUCAAGCGGGAUGGGCGGUGGCACCCUGGGUCACUGCCAGCUCGCGAACCAGCCUCUCGUGAUGCCUGUGUUUCCGCUGAGGGCCAGCCAGCCCAGUCCGGUGCCAGUCUACUCCCCCUCCCGCUUCCACAUCGACAAACGAUGUCAGCAUCGAUGCACGUGGAAGUGCUUGGCCAUAGCUAUGAUAUGCCUCUGCGUUAUCCUAGCGGCCAUGCUCGCCUAUUUUAUAGCUCUAUCGUCAAUUAAAAGUAAUAUAGACAAUUCUAAUUGUAUUCUGGUACAAGAUGUAAAAGCAGUCACUCACUCCCACGGAAUAAGAGAUGCUUUAUCAACAUCGUCACCAUCAGAUGAAUCUAUAUCAACAUCAUCAUUAGGGUGGUCAACAACUGCGGAAGCAGCAUUAGAACCAGCAGUGAUACCUCAACAAGCACAACAGGCUGCUCCACCACCCUGGUCACCAGCUCUCGAAGUGAGAGAUUUUGAUGAACUUCACAGUGCUACAAUACCUGCUUAUCAAUUUUGGAGUUCCGAAUUUCGUAAUAAACAACCUGCUUUUGUUAGUCUUAACUUUACCGUACCCUGGGGUGCCAACUUUGCAGUCUAUGGAAGAAGAAAUGUAGCUCCGAGUGUCACUCAAUAUGAUUUCGUUGAAUUUAUCCGAGGUGGUAGGGUAGAUCACCGACUAAGAAGAAGAAGAAGAAGCCCGCACAGACACGACUCAUACGAGCCUACUUUAGAUGACUGGAACGCAUUACUAAGCACGCUCAGUCCAUAUCAAAGAUGGAACCAUACGAUAAGCAAGCGCUCUACAGAUAUGAGGGUGAAUGUUAGUAUACUACAGUAUCUCGACACGGGAAGGUGGUUUAUAUCGAUAUAUAACGAUGAAUUGCAGCCGCAUCAUGUCGAAAUGAUUGUUUCUGAAGCAGAAGGUGUCACGAAUUCUUGCCCUGAUGAUUGUUCUGGUCAUGGAUCUUGCUACCUCGGAAAAUGCGAUUGUAUGGACGGAUUUGAAGGGCACGAUUGUUCAAAAAGCGUUUGUCCUGUACUUUGCUCAGCUCAUGGCGCUUACGCAGGUGGUAUAUGUCACUGUUCUGAAGGAUGGAAAGGAGCAGAAUGUGAUAUACCAGCUCACGAUUGUGAACCUGCCGAUUGCUCUGGUCGGGGACAAUGUGUAGCCGGGCAAUGUCAUUGUAAGCCUGGAUGGAAGGGAGCAAAAUGUGACGAAGAGGACUGCCUGGACCCCACAUGCGGCAAUCAUGGUUCUUGCGUUCGCGGUCGUUGCGUGUGUCGUGCUGGUUGGCGAGGCGCUGCUUGUACUGAACGUGACGCCCGAGUGCAACGAUGUUUACCUGCUUGUUCCCAAAGAGGUGUCUACGACUUAGAUGCAGGAAGAUGCGUAUGCGAUCCACUGUACACUGGCGACGAUUGUUCUCAAGUGGUAUGCUCAUUGGACUGCGGACCACACGGUGUCUGUGCAGAAGGUGUCUGCCGGUGCGACGACGGCUGGACUGGGUCACUUUGCGAUCAACGACCCUGUGACAGUCGUUGUCACGAACAUGGCCAAUGCAAAAAUGGAACAUGUGUUUGCACGCAAGGGUGGAAUGGAAGGCAUUGCACAUUACCUGGUUGUCCGAACGGAUGCACUCGUCAUGGCCAGUGUCUGCUGGAAGACGGCGUGUAUCGAUGCUCGUGCUCUGAUGGCUGGGCUGGAACAGAUUGCUCCAUCGCCUUGGAACUGUCCUGCAGCGACAACGAAGAUAACGAUGAAGAUGGAAUGACGGACUGCUCGGACUCUGAGUGCUGCAGCCGGCCAGAAUGCACCGAGCAUAUAAUGUGUUUGGCUUCCAACGAUCCCGUCGAAGUAUUGCUUCGUAAGCAACCUCCAUCAGUGACCGCGUCUUUCUACCAACGCGUCAAGUUCCUUAUCGAAGAAAAUUCUGUCCAAAGCUAUGCGCACAUGGACGAAUACUCCGAAGGCGAGUUCUGGAAUUCCUUUACACCAUGCCGAGUGUCGGUGAUGCGCGGGCAGGUAGUGUCGCCGCAGGGUCUCGGCAUCAUCGGGAUCAGGGUCUCCGUCGACCGAGAAGCGAGGUUCGGAUUCACGCUUACAAGACAAGGAGGGUGGUUUGACGUCCUCGUAAACGGCGGAGGUGCUGUCACCUUACAGUUCCAGAGAUCUCCCUUCAAGCCUCUACGGAAGACGGUCUUCGUGCCUUGGAACCAGAUCGUCGUGCUGCCGCCCGUACAAAUGGAACUCAGCGAUGACAGUAUAAAAGUGCCCACUCCGAGGUCACCGCCUCGUCUUGAUUGGUCCCCGAUGCCGCAAUGGUGGGAGUCAGAGACACCGCCCUGCAGUGCCCACGAUCAUGAACGUCUGAGGCCUGAAGUUGUUGCUAUGCCAGCAUUGGCUGCACCGGCGGUUUCUUCUCCUACCACGACCACAGUAAUUUAUCCAGAGGCACAGAUUGUAAGCGAAUCAAUCGGAAUACCAGGUUCAUCAGUGAAGCUUACUUACCGCUCGUCGCAAGCAGCUGGCUACCUUUCAUGCGUCCACAUUCAAUUGACAAGAAGGAUAGUCCCGGCUUCUCUCAGUCGCGUUCAUGUGCGCGUGGAAAUCGAAGGUUCUCUACAUACGCACACCUAUGAAGCCGACCCAGAUUUGACUCAUGUCUUCGCUUGGAAUAAAAGAAAUGUUUACAAACAGAAGGUUUACGGGCAAGCGCAAGCCAAAAUAUCAAUUGGUUACGAAUACACAACAUGUUCAUCAAUUGUGUGGGAAACUCAAACAGCAACUCUCGCUGGAUUCGACGUUGAUAUUUCUGAUAUUGGGGGAUGGGGUUUGGACAUACAUCACCAUUAUAAUUUCCAUGAAGGCAUACUGCAAAAAGGAGAUGGUGCUUUGCUGCAUUUAAAACAAUAUCCAAGAACAGUACAGGUGGUAUUAGGCACAGGACUUCAGAGAUCGCUAAACUGCCCUGAUCACUGCAAUGGCAAAGCAGCAGAUUCACGCCUUUUGACACCAACUGCGCUUACUUCAGGACCUGAUGGAUCUCUCUAUGUUGGGGACUUUAACUUUGUACGUCGUAUAACGCCUGAAGGCGUGGUGACAACAGUACUGCAAUUAGAAACAACACAAGUCGCAUAUCAAUACUACAUCUGUAUAUCACCGGCAGAUGGAUAUCUUUACAUAUCCGAUUCAGAAAGACAUCAAGUUAGAAGGGUUGUUGUGUUAGACAAAGUUCGUGAUCCGGCAACUAAUUCUGAGCCAAUAGUAGGCAACGGUGACCGUUGUGUACCAGGAGACGAUUCCAACUGCGGUGAUGAAGGCCCUGCUAUUAAAGCCAAGUUGGCCCACCCCAAAGGUCUUGCAAUAGCAGCAGAUAGAACGAUGUACAUCGCAGAUGGAACUAAUAUCCGUGCUGUUGAUCCCAGUGGUAUAAUCCAUACACUUGUGGGCCAUCACGGACAUCAUAAUCAUUGGUCACCUGUUCCUUGCCGAGGCGCCAUUGCUCCAUACGAAGCUCAACUGCAGUGGCCAACGGGUGUUGCCUUAUCUCCUCUCGAUGGAUCAUUGUAUUUCAUAGACGAUAGAAUCAUACUUAAAUUGACAGUUGACAUGAAAAUCAAAGUCGUUGCUGGUCAACCAUCUCAUUGUCGACUUGGAAGUGAUGGUAAACCGAUUACUAAAGCUACGAAUAGAACAAAUGUAGAAUUUAGAGAGGACUCUAGCUUGGGCACCAUUUUAGCGAUUGCAUUCGCCCCGAGUGGAAUUCUUUACGUAGCUGAAUCUGAUUCUAAGAAAACUAAUGCUAUUAAAACAAUUGAUCCUUCUGGAAAAAUAUUGCAUUUCGCUGGAAAAUUACAAGAAAACUUUAAAGAGCUUAGCUGUGAAUGUAAUUCAUCAAUUUCGGCAACUGUUGCACCUAUUAACCCUCGUGAUGAGGGUGCAGGAUGCCCUUGCAGACUAAGCGUGGCAGCUGGAGAUGAACCCCCAACUAAUACUGAGACUUUACUUUCGUCUAAUGCGAAGUUCCAAACAAUAUCAGCAUUAGCUGUCACUCCUGAUGGAGUACUCAAUGUUGUGGACCAAGGAUCCCUUCACAUUUUGGCUUUGAAGCACUACUUGCCCUCUCACGAUGAAAAUGGGGAAUUUAGGAUACCAUAUCCCCCUACGUCCGAGAUUUAUGUUUUCAACCGUUAUGGACAACAUAUAACUACAAAAGAUUUAACAUCGGGCAAGACAAGAUAUUCCUUUUUGUAUUCUAAAAAUACUAGCUUUGGAAAAUUAUCUACAGUAACUGAUGCGUCCGGUAACAAAAUUCAACUGUUACGUGAUUAUAGUAACAUCGUCAGCUCUAUUGAAAAUACACAGGAUCAUAAACUAGAACUGAAAAUAUCCGGAAUUGGUUAUUUAACAAAAUUAACCGAAAAGGGAUCUGCGGGAAUUGAACUAGAUUAUGAUGCAAACACUGGCUUACUAAAUAGUCGAUCAGGCGCGGGUGACACUGUGAUAUACAAUUACGACGAACUUGGACGCGUAACCAAAAUCAUUAUGCCGUCAGGAGAACAGGUGCACAUAACUUCUGGUUUAGCCAAAAAUUAUGGCCUUGCGGUCACAGUUUCAAAUCCAACUAGCACUAUUCCGGUUGGCGUAUCGAAAAAAUGUGAAUAUGUGCUGCACGGACAGUCCUUCAAGCAAAUUACUAUUAACAAUGGAAAACAGAUCACAGAAGGACGAAUGUUUACCAACAACACUUUAGUUAUUGAUACCCCUUGGUCAGGAAAGUUUGAAAGUAUCGCAGCUGCAAAACACCCCUUACUAGAAGCUGCUUUACCAAUCGAAGCUGAAAUGCUACAUAUGUGGUCACAUCAGACGACAACUUUCGGAGAUGGAUUAAUAAACAACAUGUAUUCAUUAUAUUCUCUAGUGGGAGACGUAAGGAACCCACAACAAACAUUGAACCGGGAGAUUUGGGUUAACGACUCGAGAGUUUUAAUUAUUGAAUUUGACCAAUUUAAAAGCAGGGAAACAUUCUUUAAUGCCGAUCGGAUACCGCUUUUUACUACUGCUUACGAUGUUGCUGGUUUACCGUUGUCUUUCACGCCCCAUGGAGCUGGAGUGCCGCUUAAUAUAUCAUACGAUAGAUUUUAUAGAAUUAAUGGUUGGAAAUGGGGUGUCACUGAAGAAACCUAUAACUAUGAUCCACAUGGAAUGCUCUCUGAAAUAACUAGUCCACAAGACGGUACAAAGUUUAUUUACUACAACGAAGGUAACCUAGUGUCAAAAAUAACACUGGCAAGCCAAAGAAAUUUCAAAUAUUCAUAUGACGGUGAUGGCGGCUUAACUCAUGUAAUACUACCAUCAGGUACAAAUCACUCAUUUAGUGUGCAACCUUCUAUUGGAUUUUUGCGCGUUACAUAUACACCUCCAGGGUCAACGAAAAAGUAUUUGCAACAUUAUUCUCAUACUGGCGAACUAUUGCAAACUGUUUUCCCGGGAGAUGGAGCACGAAUCAUUUAUAGAUAUUUUACAACUAAUAAAAUAUCAGAAGUCAUCCACGGAGAUGGUCAAACUCAAAUUCAUUACGCUGAAAACAGUGGCUUACCGUCCGAAAUAUUGCAUGUAGACCGUGAUGUUGACUAUAGAUGGGAAUCUACUUAUGCUGGUGGUUUACUUGUUGAAGAAAGACUUGACUAUGGUGCUAAGACCGGAUUAAGCAAUGCCAAAAUUAUAUAUGAAUAUGAUAAUAAUUACAGAACAACUGCAGUUCAAGGUCGCAUUGGUGGUCAAACACUAAUUCCACAUCACAUAAUAUAUAAUAGCAAAACAGGAGCGCCAGAAGUGUUAGGACAAUUCACUGUGUCCGUACAAAAAUGGAAUGAGACUUCUGUAUAUGACGGUAUCGCCAUGUUCUCUAGAACAGUGAAUAAUCAGUUCCUUGAAAAAGAAAUAACGGUAAAUAUUCACAGAAUGGAAGUGUUCCGAAUGGAAUUUUCUUAUGACCGUCACGGCAGAAUUUCUCAAACACGAACGCACACUAGAAAUGUAGGAGUGAACACUUAUACAAACGUAAAGAAUUACACUUGGGACUGCGAUGGUCAGCUAACAGGCGUAGAAGCACAGGAGCCCUGGGGCUUUAGAUACGAUGACAAUGGAAACAUGCUAUCCCUAACAUACAGAGGCAAUACAAUUCCGAUGGAAUACAACGACAUGGAUCGUAUUAUCAAGUUUGGGGAAGGCCAAUAUCGGUACGAUAGCCGAGGUUACGUUUUUCAAAACGCUCGAGAAGAAAGAUUCCAAUACAAUGCCAAAGGUCUACUGAUUAGAGCAACAAAACGAGGAAGAUUUGAUGUUCGAUAUUACUACGACCAUCUUGACAGACUAUCUACCAGAAAGGAUAACUUCGGUAAUGUCACCCAAUUCUUUUACACGAAUAAGGAAAAGCCCCAUGAAGUCAGUCAUAUUUAUUCACCUCGAGAGAACAGAUUUAUGACACUAGUUUAUGAUGAUAGAGGUCAUCUCAUCUAUACUCAGGUUGCGCGCCAUAAGUAUUACAUCGCUACUGAUCAAUGUGGAACGCCUGUAAUGGUCUUUAAUCAGUACGGAGAAGGCAUUCGAGAAAUUAUGAGAUCGCCGUACGGUCACAUAGUAUACGAUUCAAAUCCGUAUUUAUACCUCCCAGUAGACUUCUGUGGUGGACUGUUAGAUCAAGUGACAUCACUGUUGCAUAUGGAACACGGAAAAGUUUACGAUCCCCUAAUUGGACAAUGGAUGUCACCUCUUUGGGAAAAUCUUAUUGAGAGAAUUCAUAACCCUACACAACUGCAUUUAUACAGAUUUAAUGGAAAUGAUCCUAUUAAUGUACGGCCACAAAACAAAAAACCAGCAGAUCACUUAUCCUGGCUGAAAUUACUAGGCUACGAUACUAAAAGCUUGGCACCUCAACUUUACCCUGAUGAACUUCCUGGUGGAUCUAUAUUGCCGAGUAUUCCUCGUGGUCGCCCGAUAUGGGGCACCGCACCUGUCGAUAGUGGCCCAGUUCUGCCCUAUGCAAUGUCAUUACUGCCAAGCGUCAUGAUCGAAUCUGGAUUUUUAUCACAUAUGUCAAACAAGAGGAUUGCUGAUUUCCGCAGUCUUGCCAUACCAGCCAUGUCUGCACUAAAGACAGAUGGGCUUAACCUUGCACCAAAACGAAUAGGCUCGGACUCUGAGCCGCCUUUUGGACGUGGUAUUUUGAUCUCCCGAAAUUCAAGAGGACGAGCCGUAGUAAGCACUGUUCCUUCCGCCAACGCAAUUUACCGAGAUGUAUACACGUCUGUCUUCAAUAGAUCUCAUCUACUGCCAUUCUCUUUUGUCGUUCAUGGGGACCAGCAAGAUGUAUUUUACUUCGUUAAAGAAGAUACUUGGCGCGCAGCAGACGAUAAACAACAACUUAAACGAAUGCAAGGAAAACUAAACGUCACUUUCCACGAAGUAGCAGAAGGUGGCCGCUCUUACGCCGAUGUAAAGAUUCACGGCCAAACAAGCAUUAUUAAUUUGAGAUACGGCACCAGCGCUGAAAGAGAAAGGCAACGCUUGUUGCACCACGCGCGAUCAUCAGCCGUGCGCAAGGCGUGGCACAGAGAGCGCGAAGCACUUCGCGUAGGACUAGGCGGGUCGCUGGACUGGUCGGCGGCAGAGCUGGACGAAAUUCAGAAAGCAGGUUCGGCUGCGGGCUACGAGAGCGAGUACGUCCACGACGUGGCGCGGUACCCCGAGCUGGCUGAAGACCCGUAUAACGUGCGCUUUGUCAAGAAGCGGUCAGACCGCGCCGAACGACGGCGACGGAAGCGCGAAAGCUGCCGCACGCCUUGGUGGCUCGCCUGGGAAGGCCUCUGCUAGUGACGUAUCGCCAUCCAUAUGCCAAAUCGUAUGAAUGUAAAUUCGAUGUGUGUGAAUGGUGAUGGACGAACGUAUAUAUGUGCGUGUGUGAAAAUAUAUUUUGUAAAUAGUCUCUAUUAAUUGUUAAUUGUUGAUGUAUGUAUGUACGUAGAUGCGAAUCCCUAUCGCUGUGUAAAUAUUUAAUUUUAAUUUGCAGGGAGAGAAUGGACCUUUUGAGAGGACUGAUAUAAAAUAAAUGUAUUGUAUGUAUAAAUAAGACGAUCUAUGUGAAUAUGAAAUUAUUUAUACUUAUUUAUCGGUAAAAAGCUUCAAUUGUGUCCAAUGUUCUUAUAAAAUUAGAUGAAGACUAUUUGAAAGAAUAAUAAAAAAGCAUACU